AAUAAAUGUUAAAAAAUGUCAAACCAAAAGUUGAGGUCCAAAAAGGCAAAAGGGUGUAUCGUAAUUAAGUCUCUUCUGGUGGCCAAAGCGUCACGGAACAGAACAAUCGAGAAGAGCCAGCCGGCUGCUGAAGUCUCUUCUACCUUGAAUCGGAAUCCAUGGCUGUGCAAGCCGGCGUUCAAACCUCCAAAGUCCUCAUCUUACUCGGCGCAGGUGUAUCUGGUUCGAUCGUGCUGAGACAUGGGAGGUUGUCUGACCUAAUAGCGCAGCUUCAAGAAUUACUCAAAGGAGCUGAAGGAGUUGAAAGCACACCUUAUAGUUAUAAGUAUGACAGUGCCGCCCUAGCUGCUCAGAUUCGACAGCUCGCAAAUGAAAUCAAAGAGCUAAGUAUGAUUAAUCCAGUUACCAUAUUUAACGGAGAUUCAAACAACAGUGGCUAUGCUUCUUACCUGGUUCCAGCGGCCGCCGUUGGAGCUAUGGGAUACUGUUACAUGUGGUGGAAGGGUUGGUCAUUCUCCGAUGCAAUGUUUGUGACAAAGAAAAAUAUGGCUAAUGCAGUUGAAUCUUUUUCGAAACAACUAAACGACUUGUCAGAAACACUAGCGUCAACAAAGAAACAUCUUUCUAAGGAACUAUCGAAAUUGGAUUGGAAGGUGGAAGAGCAGACAGAGAUAUCUAAAAUGAUCUUAAAUGAUGUAACAGCCGUGAAAUCAAGCAUAUCGCAACUUGGGUAUGACUUUCAACAAAUUAAUGAAAUGAUAUCUGGAAUAGAAGGGAAGAUUGACAGUCUUGAAAGCAAACAAGUAAAUCUUAUUUACAUCCACCAACCAGUUGACAUAAUCAGUUUUCUUAAAUCCUAUUUAAUUGGAACACUUUUCUGCUGGUUAAACUCUCAGGAUGUGACCCUCUCGGGACUAUGGCAUCUAUGUCAAAUUGCAGGAGUUAAAGACAGUCCAGCUACUAAAGUCUUUCAGGAUGUUGGUGCGAAAUUACCAAUUGAUGCAAAACCAUCAUCUAGCAAUUCUCUAUCGGGUCUGCGGUUCCUAACAGAAGGAGAGGAGGGUGUGAACGUGAUACACAACAAGCCUGUAUUGGAGAAAGAAAGCCCGUUGGUGGUGAAACCAGUGGAGGAGAAAACAAAACCUGCCGUGGUGACAAGAAGCAGAGUUCACAGAGCGUUUCCCGGUGGAAUAUCUUGGGCACAAGACCUUACCAGACAAUCAUAAACUACAUUUUUUGGGGGGGUUGUUUUACAAAGAAUUUACUUUAUAUGGUCCCAACUUGUGAUACUGAUACUGGGACUGGGGCAAUUAUUUAUCUGUAAGUAAGUGAACUAUACACAUAUUGCAUUCAUCAACAGUUUCUGUUGCCUGCCCUUAUUGUUUGUGAAAGAAAGAGUGAAAAAAUGCUUUCACGAUUGUUUGAAUGAGAAUAAAAUGAUGCGUGGAUUUGUUCUAA